GAAAAAAAACUAGAUCAUUCAUCUCAUCUGAUUAUUUUUUACUUUUAAUAACAAUACUUUUUCUAUGGAGUAGACCAUUAUGAGAAAAGUCACAUACAUAAACAAAAUCUGUGACGUCACAGAUUUAUAAAUCUUCCCACCUUACAUUUUCCAUCUCGGAACCGACGCACAGAAACACGCUAUUUGAAACUCGUUCACGUUCACGGUUAGAAAAUGACUGAUCGCUUAUCAUGCAUUUUGACUGUUAGGAGAAACGUUCAGGGUUUGCAACGCAAUGUUUCACUUUUGUUCAUGAACUGAACUGUGUCUGAUAUCUCCCAUUCUCCCUUUGUAUCGAACGUUGUAAGGCUUGUUCGCGACAAAAUUUUGACAACCCUAAACACACUAAGCUUUGGAAAUACACCAACAAUGAGUGAAAUACUCUGCAGAGUGGUGGACGUAUGACUGUUCUUUCUGAAAAUAUUUGUUUCUAUUGCAAGGCUUAGUGUAAAAUGGCGUCGAAAGAAGAGCGGUGCGAAAAGAAGUUGUGUGCGGUCGCAAUGAGAAUCCGAAUCUCUCAAUACGAAAACUUGCCAAAAAGCUUGGAAUUUCUCCAAGCACUGUUCACAGUGUUUUAAAAUCGUUCGACACUCGCUUGACAACAGCAAGGAAGGAGGGAAUUGGAACAAAACGGAUCUGAGGAACCACCACAAGGAUGUCACAAGGAAUUCUUCCAAGGUGAAGACUGUGCCAAACCGUAAUGAUAAGCAGAAUCCUACGGUCAAAACACGCGCUCGUAAGCUUUAUCGCGAAUAAAUUUCCAUGGAUGAUGAAACGUAUGUCCUAGAAGACUUUAAACAGCUUCCUGGUGUCAUUCUUUAAACUGCCAUGAAACAGAAUGGCGUUGCAGAGCAGCGUUUGGUCCCAUCGAGCGAUAAUGUGCUCUGAUGAAGAGAGAAGGCUGUCCCAGCACAAACAACAAGCAACAACUAUAGAAACAUUUCUAAAAUCUUCAAGUCUGACAAGUCUACACUACUCAUGGCAGUACCCAAACUUUACGAUUACUUCAACUACCUUCACCCAUCGAACGAAUCCACCAGCGAUGAGUUAUCGACCUUGGAAAAGGCCAGCAUCGAGUUUAUUCCAGGAACGAAUGAUUCUGUGGUACCGAUGGUAUGCGUGAUAUCCACCUCUAUGGAUGACCUUCCGCCGGACAUUUUUACAAAAACGCAACGACUGCAAGGUGCGAUUGUGCUUCAUUUUUUCGCCGCCAUUUAUUUUUUCACAAUACUGGCCUACAUUUGUAGUGAGUACUUCCUGCCCUCGGUGGAGUGUAUCUGCGAGGAUCUGCAUCUGUCGGAGGACGUAGCAGCCGCAACGUUUAUGGCGACAGCAACAUCAAUGCCGGAGUUCUUCACCAACACGAUCAGCACGCUGGUAGUGGACUCUGACAUGGGCCUGGGGACGAUUAUGGGGUCCAUGCUGUUUAACACCUUGGGAGUGGCUGCCUUGGUUGGCUUGUUGACGAAAAGUCAUGUGCAACUGGACUGGUGGCCACUGACUAGGGAUUCGGUGAUCGUGAUAAUCAGCACCAGCUGUUUGGUCGGAAGUUUGUGGGAUGAACGCAUUUACUGGUAUGAAGCGGUAUUGUUCGUAAUAUUGUAUGUCCUGUAUUUCUUGGUGAUGUUUCAAAACAACAGAAUGAAGAAAAUUGCCGUAGAACUGAUCGAAAACCGAUGGGACUUAUGCAGACGAAUGCAUCCCAAACCUAAGGAUGAGUACAUAGAAAGUUACAAAUCUACAAACAAAUAUUCUGUAGCGGGGAUAGCGGAAACGAAAAACUCUGCUUUGGAGUCUCCGGUCGACAAAGAAGUGCCGAGUAGUACCGAGAAUUCUACCGUUGAAUCGGACAAAAAUACUAGCAGCGGAAUGCAGCUGUUCAGAAUCUCAACUGGAUCAUGGUUAAGCGUUUUCUGGUGGUUCUACACAUUACCGUUCCGGAUACUUGUACAUGUUACAGUGCCGAACGCUCGAACUCAUCGCAGAUUGUACCCGCUAACGUUCCUGAUGUGCAUCGUAUGGAUAGCGGCCACAUCUUAUGUGGUUUUUUGGAUGAUGGCCUUAAUCGGGGAAACGUUUGAAGUUCCAGACACGGUUAUGGGACUCACAUUUCUUGCCUUCGGUGGGUGCAUGCCCGAAGCCGUUUCUGCCGUUACGGUGAUCAGACAAGGAAACGGUGCGAUGGGAGUGUCCAAUUCCCUGGGGGCCAACACUCUUGCGAUAUUGUUCUCCUUGGGUUUGCCGUGGUUCAUAAGGACCAUGAAAGAAGGUGGAGCGACCACGGGGGCAUACAUCGAAAUCAACUCGUAUGGGAUGCAGUACUCAGUGAUGGCUCUUUUCGGCGCUAUUGCCAUACUGUAUUUCGUUCUGUUUGCUGCUAAGUACACGUUGCGUAAGCUGGUUGGAGUGAUCUUAAUGGUGGGAUAUUUAGUGAUAGUUACCUUCAUGAUAUUAGUGGAGCUGGAUGUUAUCUUCCCUUCGGAGAAUACAUGUUAAUUCACAUUUGUCGAGUCAUAUAUUUUAGAAAAAGAUACAAUUUUGUAGAUAUUAUUUGAUAAUUGUUAGAUGUAAGAUAUGGAUAACUAACCCUGCAUUAAAUUUCCUGAUAGAACACCAAAAAUAUCAUAGAAUUAGAAUAAGCGUACAUUUACCUUUUUUAAACAAAUAUAAAUAAUACACCAAUACA